AUGGUCAUCACGCUCACCCGCAACCUCGCCUACGUGAUAUUCCUGCUGCACUGGGCGUCGUGCGCAUACUACUUCAUAGGGCGCCAGACGGGCGACCUUGGGCCCAACACGUGGUACGGUCAGCACGACAAGCUCAAGAACCUGGGGCUGGCGGAGCGCUACAUAUACACCUUCUACUGGUCAAUAGUCACGUUCGCCACGCUCGGCUAUGGCGACCUGACGCCCUUCAACACCGUCGAGGUGAUAUUCACGAUCGUGUUUGUCACCAUCAACAUCGUCACCUGGGCGUACAUCCUGGGCACGAUUACUCUGCUGGUGACCAGGCAGGACGAGGAGAUCGGCCAGUAUCGCGAUCGCAUGCAGGCCCUGGUGUCCUACUGCGACUCCAACAACCUGCCAGGCCUGCUGCGCCUGCACAUGUCCCUCCAGGGUGAGGCCACCAGUGACGAGGCGGUGCUGGCGGUGUUCCCCACCUCCAUCCGCCGCCGCAUCCUGAGGACCCUCUACCGGGAGCCCCUCGACGCCUGCUACCUCUUCCAGGUAUCGCGGGAUGGGGCGGGGUGUUGA